CGCGCCUCCUCCCUCCCAUCCCAUUCAUUACUCGCGCCGCGCCGCGACGCCGACACCUCCUGCCUCGCGCUCGGCUCGGUUGGGGUCGGUCCUCCACACCACCACCUUCCUCCUCCCAGCCGCCCAGCCCAGCGCAGCACAGCAUCCAGCCCGCCCCCAUGUCGUCCGCCUACGCCUCGCGGCACCGCGGCAGCGGCAUGUCCACCACGACGGUGCUCGCGGCCAAGGUGGCGUUCGCGUCCGCCGCGCUGGCCGCGGCCGCGUCCUUCGCGCGCCUCGCCGUCCCGCAGCUCGUCUCCGUCGCCGGCGCCGUGAUCCCGCGCGCGUGGACCGUCGCGCGCUUCUGGCUCGUCCCGCCCUACCUCUUCGUCACCGUGCACCUCAUCAUCCUCGUCAUCUGGAAGCUCUCCGACCACAAGCACUUCCACCAAGCCCAGGCGCCGCACCACAAGGACCCCUGGCCGGUCUCGCAGCACCACGCGCCGCACCCGGCGCCGGCCGCUGUACCGUCCUCCGAUUCCGACGUGGCUGCCCCCGCCGCCGCCGUCAAGGCCAAGGAGGAGUUCGACUUCUCGGCCGGGUACGGCGAGCCCCUGGAGCGCGAGUUCUCCCCGGACUCCGGCGGCUGCGAGUCCUGCGUCACCACGGAGUCCGACGAGGACGCCACAUCCUCCCCAUCCUACGUCACGGACGUGAGGCGCAGCCGAGCGCCGGCGCACCAACACGCGGUUCUUGAACGGGAACCGUCGCUGCCGUCACAGACCCUGGACUGCGACGGCGACGACGACCUGGACGCCACGUGGAAGGCCAUCAUGCAGAAGACGCGCCCGGCUGCUGCCGCGGCGCCGGCGCCGGCGCCUCCCCCUCCCGCGCAGCAAUCGCCGCAGCGGCCGCCGCCGAGGGCGCGGGACCCGUCGGUCGGCGCGGAGGAGAUGAACCGGCGGUUCGACGACUUCAUCAAGAAGAACCGCAACUCCUUCGGCCGGCAAUAGGCGCCCUCCGAUCCGACCCAGCCUCCCCGCCGCAGCCGUCCGAUACGUACAUAGACACAUGCAUCUUUGGUUUUUGAUCUUGGUGUGCCGCCGAAGAGAUCGCCGGAGUGGAGGGAGGCGGGUCAAUCGAGCAAGGCGCCAUGCUUAGGUUGAGAAGGUUCUGGAUGGAGGUGCUCGCUGUUGGGAGUAGCUAGAGAUGACCUUAAUGUGCUGAAAUGAUGGUUUGAGUUGGUACCUGGCUGUUAGGUUCUCCUUUUCAGUCGUUGCCCUUGCUAGCCUGGCAUUUGUUCUUAGCUUUUUCCCAUUUUUCCUUUUUUUCUACAGCUCUUUUACUGAUUAUAACAGUGCUAAUUGUGAAAGUUCAUAUAUGGGGCUAAUACUGGUGAAGUAGUGGGUGUGCCUGUGAUUAUAUAUGAACUGUUGCUACCACAUGGCGUGUGUGUUUGUCUGUGUGGAGUAGAGACAUCCACAUGUCAAUAACCACUGCCUUUGCUCCAUGAUUCUUUCUUAUUUUCAUGGAGAUGCCUCCUAUGUUUCUACAGUGUGUUAUAUAUAGCCACUGUUUGUCUGAAGUGAACAGUCAGCAAACCUUGAAAGAAAAGCUUAGAUGCAUGUUCUGCUGU